CAGGACCGCGGCAGGAGCGGGAGGGGAUAAGUUGUGCUGCUGCCGCCACCGCAGCAACACUCAAGCGAGAAGACCGGCCGCUGUAGUCACCACCAAGAGGAAGAGUAGCGACGUCGCUACGAUCGCCAUCCCUGCAUAACAGAGUUUCCUGACAGUGGUGCCAUGAAGACCAUUUUGGUGCAUACAUUGACGCUGAUUUUGGUUGUUGGAGGUACGCAUUCGGCCAGGAUUUUGGGCAUCAUCCCAACGCCCUCUAUCAGCCACCAGCUGCCCUUCCGACUGAUAGCUCUCGAACUCGCCAAGAGAGGGCACCAGGUCACACUUACUACAACGGACCCUGUGAAGAAAAAUGUACAGAAUUACACGGAAAUAGACUUGUCUAGUACGUACGAUUACUGGCGAGCAACGUUUGAUUUUACAUCUAUGUCUGAAACAAGUCCCAUUGCAUUGCUGAGUAUGAUGGAUGAAGCUGGGAAACGUAUUUGCGAACUACAGCUUGGCUCUUCUCAGAUCAAAGACUUCCUCACAUCCCGGCCGUCUUUCGACGUCAUUAUUCUGGAGCAUCUCAUGUACCAGUGCUACUACGGUUUGGUAUAUGAGCUGGGAUCACCGCCGCUGGUUGGUUUCGUGUCCCUAGGUAUCCCCUCUCCCGUCCAUACCUCGUAUGGAAAUCCCAACAAUCCUUCCUACUGCCCAGAUCUCAUGCUUGGCUACUCCGAUCACAUGUCCUUCUGGGAGCGAAUGUACAACACGUAUAUAAUACUCCGUCUGAAUUACCUUUGGCGGCAUGUAAUACUGAAGACUCAAGAUGAGGUCAUGAGAACGUAUUUCGGUGCUGAACCGCCAUCUGUGCUGAAAACAGAAACAAACAUAAGCCUGAUCCUUGUGAAUAAUCACUUCAGCAUGAACUACCCACGGCCGAUGCUACCAAAUGUGAUAGAACUGACAGGGCUGCACAUCGAAAAGCAACGAAAGCCUCUACCCAAGGAUAUUCAAAGUUUUCUUGAUGGCGCCGAAAAUGGAGUCAUCUACUUCAGCCUGGGCACCAACGUCCGAGGCAGUACGAUGCCCGAGCACAAGCGUCGGGCCUUCCUGGAGGCUUUCUCGCAGCUGCCACAGAGGGUGCUGUGGAAGUGGGAAGCAGAUGACCUCCCAGGCCGUCCAGGAAACGUCAAAAUAUCCAAGUGGCUGCCGCAGCAAGAUGUGUUGGCUCAUCCAAACAUCAAACUGUUCAUUACACAAGGUGGGCUCCAGAGUAUGAAUGAGGCAGGCUACUUUGGUGUUCCUCUAAUCGGAAUUCCAUUCAUGGGUGACCAACAAAACAAUGUGGCGAAAAUGGUUCAAGCAGGCAUUGGCUAUCGUCUGGAGUUUAAAGAUGUCACAACUACUACUGUUUUGAAUGCUAUUCGCACUGUUCUCGGCGAUCAAAGCUAUCGGGAGAACAUGGAGCGCUUCUCAGCAGUGUACCGCGAGCACCAGGAGACGUCGCUGGACAGAGCCGUCUGGUGGAUCGAGUACGUGAUACGCCAUAAGGGAGCUCCGCACAUGCGCAGUGCAGCCCUCGAUCUGAGCUGGUGGCAGCUGCUGCUGCUCGACGUCAUCGCGUUCGUCGUGGUGACUGCUAGCGUUGCUGUCUACGUCACCUAUAAGGGAGUCAGCUAUGUAGCGAGGACGCUAAGUCUCUCUCGAAAAUUGAAAAGUUCGUGAGCCGUUCAGAGGUCAUAAUGAGAUAACGACAAUAAAAUUCCACAGUUGUUUGCAUAACAAAAGUGCAAAAUCUAUGAAACAGAAGUAAAGAUUUAAUGGUCAAAUCCAUAAUUCGCAACUGUGCGCACUUAGGUCUCAUUACCAAGCGUCAAAAUUAUUACCAAGUGUCUCGCUGUGUAGGCAGUGAUCCGCAGGUUGAACAGUUUUCAGUGGAAUUGAUUAUAAUUUUCAUGAAUGUGUGAACAUACUUGUGAAUAAAGACAAUCAGACCCA